AAAGAAGCCAUAUAAUAUUGAAGUUUACCUUCACGAUUUUGUAGAGGAAAUCAAGGGACUAUCGGUUGAUGGUAUUUCACUCAACAAUGUAAGCUAUAAAGUUGUAAUUCGAGGGAAUUUCUGCAUCCAAAAGACUUUUACGCAACACCUGUUCCUUCCUGGGACCUUGGAAUCAGUGUCGUAAGUACUGCAAGCUGUGGCCCAGAAGAUAUAUAUAAUAUACAAGAUAUUCACUGCAAAUUAGUAGGUCUACCGUUUAAAGAAAAUAUUAUUUUGUUACCAUUAGUGCACAGCUACAUAUAAUUCUUAUAAACAUAUUGCAAAUUUCCUGCAAGAGUUUUUGAUUAUGACACUCUUGCAACAAAUGUGCGAUAUAUAUAAUACAUAUAUAUUAUUAAAAAUUAAUGAAUAUAACUUUAAAUAAAUUGAGAUUGACUGAUUGAUAUUACAAGCAAAUGCAUAAUAUGGCUGAAAUUAAAAAAUUUAAGAAAGAAUUUGCUGAGUUACAAGAAUCACUAUUGGAACAAACCAGGCAAAUACAGUCAUUGAAGAUACUAGUCAUGGAGAAAAACUUUAUGUUGGAAAACUUAAACUCGGAAAUAGCUGCAAUGAAAGAUUCCAAUAAAAACGACAUGGAGGUACUGAAAAACGUCUUAUCUGAGCAAGUCGUACUAUUAAAAAAGGUGGCGCAAGACUUAUUUCCAAGCGAUAAGUAUUCUGCAAUUUUCCCUAUAACAAUCCAACGGGAUUUGGAUGACGUAGAAUAUUCAAUCACCGCAGAAAGUCACGAUCAAAUGAUUUCUAGCGUAUUUAAUUUAAUUAAAUCUGGGGGACUAAAAUCCAACAUACGCUCAAUUUUUGCUGAGAAAAUUGUAAUGAAUUACAAUUUUGAGGGAAGGCAGCGGAAAAAAUCUUUAAAAGCGUAUCCAAAGCUGAUGGAUAUUUUAUUUCGUUGUCGCGAGUCGCUAUUCAAUAAGUUGGCACCCUCACCAACAUUGCUCGGUGCGUAG